AUGUUAGACACAGAUUCACAAAAUGCUCAUAUCAGCGAAGAUGAGGCCGCGUUGUACGAUAGACAGAUUAGAUUAUGGGGUUUAGAAGCUCAACAACGAAUGCGUAUUUCAUCGAUUCUAAUCAGUGGGAUGCGAGGUUUAAGUAAUGAAAUAUGCAAGAAUUUGGUUCUUGCAGGAAUUGGUGCUAUUACAAUAAUUGAUCAUAAUUUGGUAACGGAAGAAGAUCUUGGAGCACAAUUUUUUGUGACCGAAGAGGACAUAGGAAAGAAAAAGGCAAUUGUCUCGGCGGAUCGUAUUCGUCAAUUAAAUCCUCGUGUCGUGGUGACAGCUGAUGAUGGUGACAUUCUCGCCAAGCCAGAUGAUUUCUUCAAAGCUUUUGAUUUAGUGUGUCUUACGGAUUCUGAUCCUGAUACAAUG